CAUCUCAAUGUCGUGAAAGAUGGUUCCAUGCAGCAAGUCCGGAACUCAAGUUUGGUCGCUGGAAAUUAGAAGAAUGUGUUGCAUUGAUUAAUGAAAUUAAAAGGCAUGGAAAACGGUGGAAUAUUAUUAGCAUGAAUUUAAGGAGACCAUAUCAUAAUGUAAGGAAAAAGUAUAGGAAUAUGGUAGAAUAUAAUGAUAGAUUUAUUAAGUUUUUACGCCAUCAAGAAUUAACAGAUCCUGAUGAUUCUAAAUAA